UUUGAACAACGAGGACACGCUAGUUCCGCUGAGGAACCAUCGGAAUUAAUUCACAUACAGAACAUGAGUUCGAAGGUGCUGUUGUUAUUUGCCGUGCUCUGCUUACUGGGCUCAUGCUGGGGCAAAGAGGAGAUCACCCGAGGUCUCACUCGUCACGAGGACAUACCAAUCGAGCCUAUAGGAGUGCCUUCCGAUCCUGAUCUUAACCAGGAUGCCACUUUCUGGCGAUUAUGGAAGUUCUGGAAAUGGGGUCGUUCAAUGUUUAAAAAAGUACUCACACGCUCUCAUGAUAUGGCGGAGAGCGCUUCAGGGAGACACCGUUUUCACGAGGAUCGACCUAAUGGCAAUCGGAAACUAAAGAACAAAAUUAAAUUUCUGUUUAAAAUACAUCAAUAUGAAACAAAUUAACCAUUUAGUUUCAUUGUUAAGUAUAGUUUUCUAGUGAGGUUUUUACUAAGAUUAAAUAUAAAAUUUCGUCAAACAAUUUUCAACACAGCCUCAACAACGAUUAUUAACCCGUUCAUGCGAAAAAUUCAAUACCAGAAUAUGAUAGUACGGGGUACCUCAUUUCGCUAUGUGGAUCUCAAAAUUCAAUAAUUUGCAUCGAAAAUUUUAUAUUGAAUCAAUAUUA